GCCCCCUAUCAGGGUGGUGAGAAUGCAUGACGACUGUUGUGCUGCAAACGCCGUGAGGAGCUGCGUUCAGCAAACGGCGGUAGGUACCGCUUGAAUUACACGCUUGCUCCAAUAUAGCCACCAGACCUACAAGGGUGUGCCUGCCUAGAAACUAAACGAAAAUAAAAAGCAAGCAAGAUUACAAGGAAUUCAAAAAGGACAUGGACCAGCGGAUUCAGUAAACUACCUGUUAAGAAGAUAUAAACUGCUAUCUUUGCGUAGGCUAGUUCACGUCAGCAUUAUGUAGUUAUUAAAUAGCAAAUACGUAUACUCAAGCUUAGUCUGCUAACUACAUACGUAGUCUAGGUAAGGAACGUAGCUCAACGGUAGCCGGUUUCUGUUUGUGUCCAUCAGUUCUUUUCUGCACCGGAGAUUGUGUCAGUGGUUCUCUGCACAGGUGAUCCAACAUGGGAGGGAAUUUGGGGUGCCAUCGUUCCAUUCCUAAAGAUCCGAUGGAUUUUUGUCACAGCAAGCGUAAGUUCAGCGCGGCGUGUAACUUCAGUAACAUCAUGGUCAACCAGGAGCGACUGAACAUUAACACUGCCACUGAGGAAGAGCUCAUGACCCUGCCGGGUGUAAAUCGUACAGUUGCGCAAAACAUCGUAGAGUAUCGAGAGUGCAUCGGGGGAUUCAAAAAAGUGGAGGACCUGGCGCUGGUGAGCGGGGUAGGGGCCGUCAAAUUAGAGGCAAUUAAACUAGAGAUCUGCGUCGGCAACCGAGUAGGUUCAUCCCAACAUUCUCCCUCCUCGUCGCUGCGCAAAGACCAGAACCACGAACAUCUGGCGUACACAGGUAUGAACAUCAACACUGCCACGCCGGCGCAGCUCGUCAGCAUCCGCGGCAUCACAGAGAAAAUUGCCCAAAGCAUUGUAGACUACCGCAAAGAGUAUGGACCAUUCAAAAGCAUAGAGGAUCUGGUGAAAGUCAAUCAAAUCAACUCUUCUCUGCUGGACAAAAUUAGAUUCCAGGUAUUUGUGGAACGCUCUAGAACGCCUUCUACAAAUACCAACGGUGGGUUUGCCUGCACUAGCAAAUCGCACGCCAGUCCGACUUCUCUCAGUCUUCAGAGUGAGGAUCUCGAUCUUCCGCCAGGUGGGCCGACACAGAUAAUCUCGGCACGGCCCAAUGUGGAAGUAUUCUCUGGAAUGCGUGACAGCAAAGCUGCUGUACGAGUGGCUACCUGGAACUUGCAGUCCUGUUCAGUCGAGAAGGCAAAUAACCCUGGCGUGAAGGAAGUUGUAUGCAUGACACUGCUUGAAAAUGGCAUCAAGCUUUUAGCAGUUCAAGACCUGGCAGACAGAGAAGCCCUGGAGAAGUUCUGUGUGGAACUGAACCAAGGAACUUUGCCCAGUGUCCGGAGAUGGAGGGCCCCAAGGGGGGUGUGGAAAUGCUCCGUCUCCGAAACUUCAACAGGACAGCUACACAAGGCAGAGUUUUCCGGGUUCCUUUGGGAUACAUCCUCUGGGAUCGAGCUGAAGGAUGCAUUCCUCCUGGAGAGUCCUGUUGUCAAUGGCAACGGGAGGCACGCCUAUCCCCGGCCUUACCUUGGACAUUUUAAUAUAGGUUCAUCCGAGGUGACAGUUGUUAACGUCCGGUUGAAAGCUCCAACAUUGAAGGGGGAUCUAAAUGGGAAGAACCAUUCUGAUGACCACAAGUGCAUCGCUGACACUGCUUUGGAAAAACUGAAAGGAGAGAAGGACCUUUUGGUGCUGGGAGACUUUGGGCUGCCCCCAGACAGUGGAGAGAUGGAUCUUCUGAAGAAGGAGAAGCUGAGCGCUCUAGUCCCAGCGACUGUUUUCACCAACAUUAGCACCAAGACCCCCCAGGGCUCCCUCUGUCUGGACAACAUCUGGGUCAGCCGCUCGCUCAAGAAGGUCUACACAGGUCACUGCUUGGUGGUGCGAGAGGGCCUGACCAAUCCCUGGAUACCAGACAACUGGUCAUGGGGCGGGGUGGCAUCAGACCACUGUCCAGUCGUGGCUGAGUUCUUCAUCGACAGGACCCAGAAGGAGCUGAUCCAAAAUGGCAACAGUGUUGCAGUGGUGGAGCGAGGCGAACCCAUGUCCAAACACGAGCGGUGACGCACCUGUUCUUCCUGGGUUAUGCAGACCACCAGGCCGGGAGUGACAUUAUGCAGAACAUGCGCAUGUCAUGUGAUGGAAUUGUGCAACUUGACCGGGCCAAUGUGAACAGCACCAAGAUUGCCUUUUAUUUCUGUCUUCCAUGUACAUCAGAAACUACAACAUAGUAUUAUUAAAUUCAAUAUUAAAUAUCUGAAAGGACAUUUAUAUUUCAAUUUUAAUGCAAUGGACAUUAAAAUGAAGGUGACCAUGUGGAAAAAAAAGAUGAAACUUAAACUUUUUUUUUCCCUGGAGAAUGGACUUUUUGAAUAAAGUUAGGCAAAUGCCACAUGGUAUCAGGGAUAAUGGUCCAUAAAUUUUGGUGUGACGGACUUAGUGGUUUGGUGGGUAAUUCUAGAAUAGAAACGCAUAGCAGUUGAUUACACAGUUACUUCACCAACACUUGUUCCUUGGGUCUGAUUUUGUUUCUGAUUUUAAGGUGAAUAAAACAGCCAGCAGUGUCUCUCCUAGAUGUGGGUUGUUACCUCUGCUCCAGUAUUUAUUCAACAGCAGAAAAAAGGUUAGUUAGUGAAAGAGGUAUGACAUUAAAAAGAGACAUAAACCUACAGUACUUAAAGCAUAUCAUGCAGCACUAAUAGCAGAGCUCCUGGGGAAAUUUUAAGUGAACUAACAUUUCAUCUCUAUGCAGUCAGUCUUGAAUGCACAAUUUUAAAAUAUGGCGUGACCAGGCAGACCCCUGGCUUAAGCAGAACUAUCAUGGAUAAAUGAAUACAUUAUUGUAAUGCCUAAUGAAAUGUUACAUUGAUUUAAACAAAUUGCUGGCAUGCAAGGCCUCUUGGGAGUUUUAUAUACACAAAAAACAACAAAACAGGACAUGUUGUAUUAGGCUUACAAAUGUGUAGGAACUAUAAUAAUAUACAGUAUAUAGUUGCUUAGGAUUUGGGACAACAGUUAUCUAGGAUAGUGUUCCCUCCUGCAAUUCAGUCAUCCCUCAGCAAGAGGUUGAUAGAGCAUUCUUGACAGUCAGUUAUUACUGCCCCCAGUAAUAUACAUCAAUUGACACUAAAUAAGCACAGACAGUGAUUGACAGCGAUGCUCCCAUACUGCUUAGAGCACAUAGAACCAUGGACAGACAUGUGCAGGGAUGCUAUCACCCGCUGAACAGUGGUAGGUAUGACAGAAAAUCAGUGACCCAGUGAUAGGGAUCUUGUGUGUGAGGUACAACUCAUUGUGCGUGUAUGAUUACUGAAAAAGAAAGUUGUGGCUAAACAAUAGUUUCCCUACCACUCAAUGAAAACAUAAUGAUUAAACACCAGUGUUUUGCAACAAAGCAGUGAUUAAUACCGAAUGUAACAUACAAGCAGUAUAACAGAGGUGCACAACAUAUAAAAGCAGUCUUCCUCACAUACUCCAUGUAGACUAAUAUAACCACUUUUGGAACAUGGACUGAAGUAAAAAGAGCUGUUCCAGGUUUUACUCAAUAAUCCUGCUUUGUGAAAUACCCUCCUGUACACAAUGGCUGAUGAAAUUUGUCUUACACAGUUUUGUACCAGUUUUGUUUACAAAGAAGGUCCAUAACCCUGUGCAUAUCCAGAUUUGCUGAGCCUCGUUUACACAAUCAGAAGAGAGGCAAGUGUGUCAUUUACUAGAGGACAAGGCUCAGUGCUGUUACUGCUUUCUCACUGAUUGUGGACAUAAUUAAAGAUAUAAGGCCAGUUGAGUCAGAAGUCAUUUAUAGAUUUAUUCUAUUCGCAUAUAUAUGAACUCUGAGUUGUUUUUGUCUGUAUAGGUUUUAGUCAUUGUUUAGCCUUGUUUCUUUUGGUGAGAGUCAAGCCAAAUAAAUAUCUUGGAAGGACUCAGUUAGCAGAUAAAACUGCUAAUUACA